AUGGAAGAAGACGCGACUCUCGAUGGACAAGUCCUGCCCAAACGCAGGGCAGCGAGGGAGGCAGGCGAGGCGGUUAGGAAAGCCGCCAUGGACACUUCGUCGAGUGAGUCUGAAGGGGAUUCUGAUGCUGGCGGUAGUGGUGGACGUGGAAGGAAACGCGGUCAGGGUCGACCGAAAGGCAGGGCUUCUGCGACUUCGAGAACGGGCAAGGUGGGACGUCCGCCAACGAGUACAGCAGCUACAAGCUCAAAGACACCACCGGCUACGACGGAAUCGAGUGUAGCUGUGCAUGUGCCGACGACGCCUGGGUCUGGGAGGCCGAGGAAGAAACGGGCAAUUGAAGUGUCGACGACGAUGGCGCCAGUCAACCCCCUGGAUGGAGAAGAGUCGGAUUUAACGCCCUUGUCUUCGCCUGUCGACGCUUCCCCUCCCAAACCAAAGCCAGUGGUCAUUCGGGCUCACCCAAUGUUCGCUACAACUGCUAAUGGCUCUGGACUGCUCUCCGAUGGAGAAGGACAGUCAUCUGUGUCUAAACGGAUUGCAGCUGUUGCUGCAUCUAUGUCCUCGACCACAACCGCGCCCCCUGCUUCGACUUCGAAUGCUUCUGCUUCUGCUGCGCGUCGCAAACGCAGCGCUACGACGGGGUCAAAAGGCAAGCAGAAGAGAUCCGAUUCCGCGUGGAGUUUGGAAUCCCUUGGGAAGCAUGUGUGGGUUCUCCUAAACGGGAAGAAUGCCUUCAGGGAUGGCGUUUUCGAUCCAUCAUCACCCGAUGAUACGGACUCGAGUACGGAGAGGUUGUGGUGGCCUGCUACUGUCCUCAAUGACGAUCCUACCUCCCUUCCCCUGCGGAUCGAACUCUUCCUAUGGAAGAAGACUCCAGUCGAAAUCCAACACCCCUCCGCUGAGAACAUUUUGCCAUGCUUCGUCUCCCGCUCUAAACUUCGCUUCGAACGUUACACCGACGCACUCCAACAAGCCUCGUCAUCCGCAGGACCAAGUUCACAGUCACCCUCACCCAGCAAGAAACCAAAGAGUUCAGGGUCGAUGAAAGUGGACGAUUCACCGGGCCUUUGGGAGACAGCUGUGGACGAUUUGAAGGAGGCUUUGGAGAAACAGGGUGCUGUUGGGACGAAACCAAAAAGUGGGGUGAAGAAGGGGAAGCAUAAUGCAGUGGUUGGUGAGGUUGAUCUAGCGGACACGGAUGAGGAUCUGCCGUCCCUCGACACGAUAUUGUCGCAGCCGACUCUUAGUGCACCAAGCACGACAGUGUUGGGCCGGUCAAGGAGUAUGUCGAACCUCAAAGGGAAGGGGAAAGAGAAGGAGAUUGGGAAGGCGAAAAGUAAACCAGGUCGGAAGAGGAAAUAUCAAUCCGAGAACGAGGAAGAGGCGGAGGAUGAUGGCAAAGACCAGUGGUAUAGCGUCAAAGAUAUGUUGGACGACUUGGUUACACCCCCUAUGAACGACGGCAAUAUUAAGAUCCCAGGAGAAUUGGUGUUGGCGCGGACGAACCAGGUGUCGUUGAAGGAGUACUGGCCUGCCCAGGUACUGGCGUAUAUCCCGCCCAAGGUUCGGGGCAACGUGAAGGAGGAACGGAGGUAUAAAGUCAAAUUUCUGGAUAAUAUCCAGAUGGACAUUCCGAGAUCAUAUUUCUUUACGGAGGAGGAGGAUGGGUUUGGGCUUUGUAAAAUGGGCAAAGUGGAGAGUACCACAAAAGACACCUACGAUGACGAUGAGAAUGAGGAUCACCUGAAAGAAGUCCUUGAAUCAGCCCGUCGAAGUCAAUCGCCCUCGCCCGCCUCCAAGCUUCCGAACCCGGAAAGAUUCAUGCGCCUCCCCAUCCGACAUCAAUUCGCAUAUACCAAACCUGUCCUCCAGGCGAUCCUAAACGACGAGUACGAGCCGGUUAGAAGUAAGAGAGAGAUGUUUAUGAAGGGCGGGAGUGGGAGGAUGAAUGUGACGAAGGGGUCCACGGCAAGGGGGAUGAUGGAUCCGAUGGUUGUGGAAGAGUUGAAUGUGUAUGUGACAUAUUGGUGUUUGAGGGAGGAGAUGGUUAUGAGAGAUAGAGGUGUUGUGGGCAGGGAGGAGGUUGAAAAGGCGGACAUGGAGGUGGAGGAGGCGAAAGCAGAGGCAGAGGCGGAAACGGAAGCGACGGAGAGGGCAAAAGAGGAGGGUGGGGAGAAGGAGAGCACGGCUAUGGAGGUGGAGGCUACGGAGAAGGAAAGCAAGGUGGAGGAGAAUGGGACACAAGGCGUAGAUGUGCCCAUGGAAGUGGAAGUAGAGAAAGAGGCGCCUAGAGGUGGAAUUGCACAGAGUGACGCCGGUGGCUCUCCCGUUCCUUCCAUUCGGGUUUCACCUGUCCCGACUGAACUCGUGUCUUCGCCUCCAAUGGAACCGCCUAGUUCGUCGUUCAGCCUCUUGAGCCAGCCAUCUUCUGCCUCUUUGGAAGAGAACGAAGGAGGAGACGCUAUGACCACUGAUACCACGGUCCCUCCGGCUUCAACCGCUCCUCCGACUGAAGUAACGGGACCGAGUCAAGACUCUACCCCCACACCCACUUCUGCUCCCCGCCAAACCGGCAGCCCAGACUAUGAAGCGCUCUCGACCGAUGAUAAGCUCUCCUUCUGCAUCGACAUACUCCUCCCUGAAGCCAUCCGCCAAAUCCUCCUUUACUGGGAAGGCUUCCGCACCACACCCCAGCUUCUCUCCCCGCAGGAAGAACAGGAUCUCUAUGAAAAGGGUGCGGAGUUGCUCGAGAAGACGGAUUGGGUGCUGGCUGUGUUGAAUAAGAGGAAGAGAAAGGAACAGAGCUUGCAGAAGAAGAUGACCAAGGGGUUGACGGAUGAUCUGGAGGUUAGCAAGAGUCGAAGUGGGAGGGUUGUUCGCAAGGUUACUUAUAGAGAGGAUGAUGAUUAA